UGCGCGGCCAGGCCAGCGCUGAUGUGCGUCGGCGUCGCUGCCGGCAGAGGGAUUCUGGGUAACGGCCCCGGCAGGCUGGGUGGCUGGCUCGGCGCAGCAGGUUCCAUUCACGCCAAGUCCGUUGGCAGUGGCGGUUGUAGGGCUGGGGCCAGUUGGACAUGGAACAACCGUGGCCGCCGCCGGGACCCUGGAGCCUGCCUCGGGCAGAGGGUGAGGCUGAGGAAGAGAGUGACUUGGACGUGUCCCCCGGUUCUCCCCGCUGCCCGCCGCUGCCGGGCGGUGGCGCCCAGAUGUAUAGCCAUGGGAUUGAGCUGGCUUGCCAAAAGCAGAAAGAGUUUGUGAAGAGCUCUGUGGCGUGCAAAUGGAAUCUUGCCGAAGCUCAGCAGAAACUUGGUAGCUUAGCACUGCAUAACUCUGAGUCCCUGGAUCAGGAACAUGCCAAAGCACAAACAGCAGUAUCAGAACUGAGGCAACGAGAAGAAGAAUGGCGACAGAAAGAAGAGGCUUUAGUACAAAGAGAGAGGAUGUGUCUAUGGAACAUGGAUGCCAUUAGCAAGGAUGUUUUUAAUAAGAGUUUUAUUAAUCAAGAUAAAAGAAAAGAAACAGAAGAUGAAGAUAAAUCAAAAUCAUUUAUGCAGAAAUAUGAACAAAAAAUCAGACAUUUUGGUAUGUUGAGUCGAUGGGAUGAUAGUCAGAGGUUUUUGUCUGACCAUCCAUACCUUGUAUGUGAAGAAACUGCUAAAUAUCUUAUUUUAUGGUGUUUUCACCUAGAAGCUGAGCAGGUAUUGUAAGGGGCUCUAAUGGAACAAAUAGCACAUCAAGCUGUUGUAAUGCAAUUUAUUAUGGAAAUGGCCAAAAACUGUAAUGUGGAUCCAAGAGGGUGUUUUCGUUUAUUUUUCCAGAAAGCCAAAGCAGAGGAAGAAGGUUAUUUUGAAGCAUUCAAAAAUGAACUUGAAGCUUUCAAGUCAAGAGUAAGACUUUAUUCUCAAUCACAAAGUUUUCAACCUAUGACAGUUCAGAAUCAUGCCCAUUCUGGUGUUGGAUCUAUAGGUUUAUUAGAAUCCUUACCACAGAAUCCAGAUUAUCUUCAGUAUUCUAUCAAUACAGCUCUUUGCAGUUUAAACUCGGUGGUACAUAAAGAAGAUGAUGAACCAAAAAUGAUGGACACUGUAUAAUUUGGUUAAGACUGCUGAGGCCAAGUGCUAUUUUGUUACAAGAAAGGAAGAACUUGGCUAUUUUCUUGACACUUUUAUGGGUGCUGCACUUUAUUUUUGUUUGGUUUUUGAUGGGAGGGAAAAAAAAAGAGUACU